AUGGACAUCCUCUUUGAACUGAGAGAAAGUAUAGGUCAUAAGAGGAAAGUGUAUCAUUCAGGGAGCGGGAGGCACUGGAAGAGGAAGGUGAGGAAGCCGCCUCCAUCCACAAUUUUAAGGCCAAAGAGAUUCGACAGAGAGCUUGAACAUCUCCAACAAAGCGAGUAUACGCAGAUCUCCAACAAAGCGAGUAUACGCAGAUCUCCAACAAAGCGAGUAUACGCAGAUCUCCAACAAAGCGAGUACACGCAGAUCUCCAACAAAGCCAGUAUACGCAGAUCUCCAACAAAGCGAGUAUACGCAGAUCUCCAACAAAGCGAGUAUACGCAGAUCUCCAACAAAGCGAGUAUACGCAGAUCUCCAACAAAGCGAGUAUACGCAGAUCUCCAACAAAGCGAGUAUACGCAGAUCUCCAACAAAGCGAGUAUACGCAGAUCUCCAACAAAGCGAGUACACGCAGAUCUCCAACAAAGCGAGUACACGCAGAUCUCCAACAAAGCGAGUACACGCAGAUCUCCAACAAAGCGAGUAUACGCAGAUCUCCAACAAAGCGAGUACACGCAGAUCUCCAACAAAGCGAGUAUACGCAGAUCUCCAACAAAGCGAGUACACGCAGAUCUCCAACAAAGCGAGUAUACGCAGAUCUCCAACAAAGCGAGUAUACGCAGAUCUCCAACAAAGCCAGUAUACGCACAUCUCCAACAAAGCCAGUAUACGCAGAUCUCCAACAAAGUGAGUAUACGUAGAUCUCCAACAAAGCGAGUAUACGCAGAUCUCCAACAAAGCCAGUAUACGCAGAUCUCCAACAAAGCGAGUAUACGCAGAUCUCCAACAAAGCCAGUAUACGCAGAUCUCCAACAAAGCCAGUAUACGCAGAUCUCCAACAAAGCGAGUAUACGCAGAUCUCCAACAAAGCGAGUAUACGCAGAUCUCCAACAAAGCGAGUACACGCAGAUCUCCAACAAAGCGAGUAUACGCAGAUCUCCAACAAAGCGAGUAUACGCAGAUCUCCAACAAAGCCAGUAUACGCAGAUCUCCAACAAAGCGAGUAUACGCAGAUCUCCAACAAAGCGAGUAUACGCAGAUCUCCAACAAAGCCAGUAUACACAGAUCUCCAACAAAGCGAGUAUACGCAGAUCUCCAACAAAGCCAGUAUACACAGAUCUCCAACAAAGCGAGUAUACGCAGAUCUCCAACAAAGCCAGUAUACACAGAUCUCCAACAAAGCCAGUAUACGCAGAUCUCCAACAAAGCCAGUAUACACAGAUCUCCAACAAAGCCAGUAUACGCAGAUCUCCAACAAAGCCAGUAUACACAGAUCUCCAACAAAGCCAGUAUACACAGAUCUCCAACAAAGCCAGUAUACACAGAUCUCCAACAAAGCCAGUAUACGCAGAUCUCCAACAAAGCCAGUAUACGCAGAUCUCCAACAAAGCCAGUAUACGCACAUCUCCAACAAACCGAGUCUACUCAAUCCACUAUCUACCUGGAGAUGAAACAUGGAAUUCAACAGUUACGGAAACAAGAUAUUUUUUCCCUUAUUGA